UCUAACGCAUCGGUUCGGUUGCCCGGAUUGUGGCUGCCCCGGAACAAGACGGCGACGUGUCGAGCUUUCGGUUCACGGUUCGUGCUGCACUUGCUGUCUAUUGCUUUUGCUAGUGUGUGCCACCACCCACGUUAAGGACAACACCACAACACCGUCGACCAUCGUGUUCGUUCUUCGUGAAGCUCCAAUCCAAAUUCGAAAGCUGGAGCCGCACAGUGAAAAUCUGUCAAGUGCUAAUUGCACUGCGCGACAAUUUCGAGUGUGUGUGGUAUGAACGGCGUCGGGGCCCAACCCAGCCACCGCAUUAGCCACGACUACCGCCGAUCCGGUACCGUUAUCGCCUCCUAAUUGCCAGAGAGGACAGACCCCAGCAAACGCGGUGCUCUCGGGGACAGAAUGAAGUCAAGGCGCGGCGGAAUGUCGCGUGGCUAUGAGGAAAUGGACGGUGCAAACGUUCCCCGGCCUGCUGGGACUGCCGUGGCAACGGCUCUCGGGGGAUCACCGACUGCAGCCCCCGAGUCGGGAUCCGGUGGUCCGAUGGCAGUGCCCACUCCGACCGCCGCGACCGGCACGAUGCUCGCGGGAGCGGCACCCGAGUUCGAGUUGGCCUCGGUCAGUGUGGUUCCGGACGAUACCUACACCGUGACGCAAGCGGUGAACGCACUUGGCUUCGGUUGGUUCCAGGUGAAACUGUCGCUCUGCGUGGGCCUCUGCUGGAUGGCCGACUCGAUGGAAAUGACCAUCCUGAGCGUGCUGGGACCUGCGUUGCACUGCGAUUGGGGCAUCACCCGGUAUCAACAGGCACUUGUUACCACGGUCGUGUUUCUCGGUAUGAUGCUUAGCUCAACCUUCUGGGGACACCUGAGCGAUCGGUACGGUCGGAAGCCGGCUCUAACACUCUGCGGUGUGUUGCUGUUUCUGUACGGCCUGCUCAGUUCCGUUGCACCGAGCUUCGGAUGGCUGCUGUUGCUGCGCGGACUGGUCGGUUUCGCCAUUGGCUGUGUCCCACAAUCUGUCACACUCUACGCGGAAUUCCUGCCCACGAAGCAGCGUGCCAAGUGUGUCGUACUGUUGGAUUGCUUUUGGGCGUUGGGUGCAUGUUUCGAAGUGGCGCUUGCACUGGCCGUCACACCUAACCUAGGCUGGCGUUGGUUGCUCGGCCUGUCGGCCGCACCGCUGUUCAUAUUUGCAAUCAUUACACCGUGGCUUCCCGAAUCCGCUCGCUACCACGUGACGAGCGGCCAGAGUGAUAAGGCGCUCGCCACUUUGGAGCAGAUAGCGAAGGACAACCGCCGGCCGAUGCUGCUCGGCCGGUUGGUGGUGGAAGGACCGAGUGGUUCGCGGGGCAGCUUUAAGGCCCUGCUGGGCAGCUCGCUCCGACGCACCACGCUGCUGCUGUGGUUCAUCUGGAUGUCGUGCGCCUUCUGCUACUACGGGUUGGUGCUGAUGUCGACGGAACUGCUUGGGGGCAAGAAUAAAACCAUCACGGAUGCCCUAGCGGACGAUGCGACGAGCGACUGUCAACCGCUGGCCACGACCGACUACAUGGACCUGCUGUGGACCACGUUGGCCGAGUUCCCGGGCAUUUUUGCGACGAUUUAUGUGAUUGAAAAGUUUGGCCGCAAAAAGACGAUGGCCCUCCAGUUCCUGCUGUACGCCGGUUGCGUGCUCAUGAUCACCGUUACGGAUGUACGCAUUUUCCUCACCAUCAUCCUGUUUAUGGCGCGCGGUGUUAUUGCGGGCCUGUUUCAGGCGGCCUACGUGUACACGCCGGAAGUGUACCCGACGGCACUGCGGUCGGUCGGCGUCGGAGGCUGUUCCGCUCUGGCCAGGCUAGGUGCAAUGGCGACACCGUACGUUGCGCAGGUGCUGUUUCAAAGUUCGAUCUGGAGUGCCGUCGCCGUGUACGGUAUAUUUGCCGGUUGCGCAAGCGUUGCGUGUAUCUUGUUACCCUACGAAACCCGUGGUGCAGACCUGGCGCACUGAGCAGUCUAUAUUUAUCCUUACCUCCAGUCGAUACUACCUCGAUCGUAGUAGGCUUUGUGUGGCGUGUUCCGAGUUUAUUUUCCCGAUGUGUGCUGAGAUUUGUGCGUUCGUUCGACAAGUUUGUAUAUACUCCGAGUCCGUGUGUUGUGUUACAAUAAUGAAACGAUAUUUAUUUAACUAUUUAUUUACACCAUAUACAACGGUCUUCGGGCGGUGCCUG